CCGAGCCAGGGCUGGGCUGCAGCUUGGCCGAGCGGGCUAGCUGCAAUAUAUAAUUACGAUAUAUUGCACGAUAACUCGCAACGCAUUUCUGGACGCAGCACAAAACCGAAAAGCAAUUGUCAGGGGCACAGGGAGAGCAUGAGGCUCCUCCUCUGCCUGGCAGCAGCAAGCGCCCUAAGAAAAGAACGCCUCCGCAUCCUCACCUACAACAUCCACGCGUGGCGCGACGGCGACCACGUGGACAACCUGCAGCGCGUCGCGGACACGUGCCUCGCCGUGGACGCGGACGUGAUCUGCCUGAACGAGGUGCUGCAGCCGUACGACGGCGCCCGCCAGCCCGCGUCCUACUUUGAAGCCGUGAAGAAGCGCGCCGGCGUCGGCCACGCUAUUGUCGAGUGCGCGCCGCGGGAAGGCUACUUGCAGCGCCUGGCGGCGGCGCUGGGGACGCCGCACGUGGUGUUUGUGGAAGCGGAGCGGGAGCAGUGCUUCUUCGGGAACUGCGCCUUCGGCAACGCCAUCCUGUCGCGGAGGCCGAUCCUCGACGCCGGUCAUGUGAUAGCGCGGCCCGCGCCGGGCGAUAUUUUACUGGGCGAGCAGCCGCGCGACAGCGUGGAAGCGAGGGCCGCCGUCUGGGCGAGCGUCGCCGUCGGCGACGAGCGUAUUGGCGUGUGCGCCGCGCAUCUGGACCAUAAAGCGGACCCGCUCCGCGAGAAGCAGCUGACCUUGUUCCUGGACGAACUGAAGCGCAACGCGCCGGCCUUGCAUUUGAUUUGCGGCGACCUCAACGCGUUUCAGAGGAGGGACCAUUCUUCUGAAGCGUGGGACCGCAUCUUGAAAUUUUAUGAAAAGCGGGGCUGGCCGGCGCCAGGCGAGGACGCUUUGGCUUUAGACGCGGCGUACGCCGAGGGUUUCGUCGACGCCGGCGCGGGGUUUAACAUCGAGCCGACGUGCUGGACGGCGAACCCGCUCUUCCGCAUCGACCACGUCCUGUUGAACGCCGCGCUCCACAAACGAUGUCGCGUCGUUGACUACCGACGCGUGGACAGCGACGCGUCGGACCACUACCCCGUGGUCGUGGAUUUGGAGAUGGAGUUUGGAUAA